AGGGUGGAGAAGAAAAGGGAGGGGGGCGGGUAGGGAGAACGUAUUAGGGGCGAGGCUACGCACCGCGCCGCAACCACUCUCCCUCUCUGGUUGCUUGCGAUCCCCAGGCUCCGGCGGAGGGAUACAUCGCAUUAUAUAUAGAGCGGGUUGAGGCGCAGGAUCACACCUCCAGCGCUUGCAGUGGGAAGUCGUUUGCAGGAGGCGGCUCCGUUACUCGGGUGGCGGUGGCGGCUGUAGUAGCAGCAGAAGCAGCAGCGGCAGCAGCAGAAGCAGCAGCGGCAGCAAGAACUGCUACAACAACCUUGUUAGCAACCUCGGAGGCCGGAGCUGCAGUAGGGACGGUGCUUACAGCGUUAGUGCAGCAGGAUCCUCACAGAAGCGGCCACAGAAGCUUCAUUUGCUCCUUCCUUCCUCUCUUCCCUCUCGCGCACAAUGGCUGAUCAGCUGACUGAGGAGCAGAUCGCUGAAUUCAAGGAAGCCUUCUCCCUAUUUGACAAAGAUGGCGAUGGCACCAUCACGACAAAAGAACUUGGAACCGUCAUGAGGUCAUUGGGUCAAAAUCCAACAGAAGCAGAAUUACAGGAUAUGAUCAAUGAGGUGGAUGCUGAUGGUAAUGGCACUAUUGACUUUCCUGAAUUUUUGACCAUGAUGGCUAGAAAAAUGAAAGAUACAGACAGUGAGGAAGAAAUCCGUGAGGCAUUCCGAGUCUUUGACAAGGAUGGCAAUGGUUACAUCAGUGCAGCGGAACUGCGUCAUGUAAUGACAAACUUAGGAGAAAAACUAACAGAUGAAGAAGUAGAUGAAAUGAUCAGAGAAGCAGAUAUUGAUGGAGAUGGACAAGUGAACUAUGAAGAAUUCGUACAGAUGAUGACUGCAAAAUGAAGACCUCCUCUCACCUUUUUUCCCCCCUCUAGAUGAAUCAAAUUGAAUCUUUUACUUACCUCUUGCAAAAAAAAAAAGUUCAUUUAUUCAUUCUGUUUCUGUAUAGCAAAACUGAAUGUCAAAAGUACCUUCUGUCCACAAAAAAAAAAAUCUGCAUGUAUUGGUUGGUGGUCCUGUCCCCAAAAGAUCAAGUUACACAUCAGUUUUACAAUAUAAGUACUUGUACUACUACCUUAAAUGAUAAGGAAGCACUUAGUGAACUCCUUAAAGUUCCAUUUGCUAAUGAUUAUUACACUGUUUGGGCUGGCCAGUUUUUCAUGCAUGCAGCUUGACAAUUGAGCACAGUCAGACAUUUGUAUUAAAAAAAAAAAGAAAAACAAAAAAUAAAAUAAAAAAAUGUACCCAUGUGGGUUAUCUAGUUCAAUUUGUUAGUAUAAAUUGUCAUAGCUGGUUUACUUUAAAAAAAAAAAAAGUAAAUACAAUAAAGUAAAAUUGGUUUACCUCAGGAUGGUAUGCAGCAAAAUGGUUGAAGGAUGCAGAAUUUCAAGAUGAUGUAGCCCUUAUGGUGGUUCUUCUGUACUUAAGAGUGCUCCAAAAACCCUAAUGAUGAUUUCAAACUCUGGAUGGCAUGUCUGUGUUUCUAUUGGCUUAGCAUUGUCUGCAUUGCACUAGAGUGAAACGGAUGUCAGGCUGUUACCGUUCACACAAAAUUUUUGAAAAGAAACCUUCACCAAGGGAGCAUCUUUGGACUCUCUAUUUUUAAAACCUUCUGUACCAUGACUUGGAGCCGGCAGAGUAGGCUGUGGACUUCAGCACAACUAUCAACAUCGCUGUUCGAGAUAUUACAAUUUAUGUCCAUUCCAAGUUGUAAAUGCUAGUCUUUUUUUUUUUUCCAAUAAAAGACCAUUAACUUAAAGUGGUGUUUAAAUGCUUUGUAAAGCUGAAAUUUAAGCGGGGACAGGGCAGCAGAAGGCUGGGGCUUGGGGGAGGAGGGGAAGGAUUGUGCUGGCAGACCAGUACAUCUUCAGAUACCCAUACCUUUUGGGUUCUCCCCCCCUCCAUCCUCCCGGUAGGAAGAACCAAUCUCUUUUGAGUCCUGGAGAUUUUUACCAGAAACAAACAUACUGAUCAGCUUCCUCCCCUCCCCCACACAAUAAAACUGUCUAGUUGGCCUUUUUACUGCUAAUAGUGAUCGAUUCAGGCAGAACAGCCGGAAGAAGAAACUCUCUUCUCUAAAGCAUGUACGUGGGAUUUCUGUAAAACAUGCCGAUAACCUGCUUUAUGUAACUCUUACUGACACCAUCUAUGGGAAAGACAUGAUUCAUGAUUUAGUAUGUCACAGUGUAACUCAAUCCUUGUUGUGUGUGAUAGAAGCAGUAGGCCACUUUUCUAAAUCAAUCUCUUCAUGCCUAAAAGACUACCUUUCACCAUGCGACUCACAACUAAUUUAUGAACGCUGUUCACAAAGCAUCUCCUUUGGGUUUCUUCUCUUUUCUUCCCCUUCCUUCCCCCCCAGUUGCUCCUCCCCCAUUUGCUCUACCUUUCUACUUUAUUUCCAAAUAGAACUGUGCCCUCUGUGUGUGUUUGCUAGUUCGCAGCUUGUAAGUAGAACUCCAGCCUGGAGUGAAUUUUGUGUCUAAUUAUAAACCCUGUAACCAAAACUAUUAGAAAGUGCUGACACCAAAUUUUGGGAUGGCAUCAGCUCAUACUAAAAAAAAAGUCACUUUAAACCCACGUCGCAUUAAGUGGGCCAUGCUUCGUAGGAGGCUGGAUUUUUCUAUGUGUUAAAUUAGUUCUGUGCAAUUAAUAAGUUUGUAGGUUUCAAGUUCCUGUGUGUUUAUUGAGUUUCUGUGUCUGGGGCAUGGUGGGAUACUGUCAGGGAAAUCUGAGAAUGAGUGCUACUUUGCAGCUAACUAAAGUACAAAGGGGCUGAUCCCUGAAGCAUUUUGCAGUUUUGCUAAUGUUUCUGCCAGAGGAUGGUUAGGAGCAGGGAGGUGUGGCAAAACUCAGAUCUCUUCUUUGCUUUGGAUACUUAGCAAUGGCUGAAAGUUAGUGACUUACCUGAGGUCUGGAAAGACUUUGAAGUUGAGGUUAUUCCUGUUAAAAGUUAAGCCCUUCACUGCUUGUUUCUCCAUAAUAUAUGGAGAUAUACCCAUAUUUGGGCAGGUGGUUGUCGACAAUGGCUUAGACAUCAGAUCUCUCUAGUGCUGGGAAUUUCCCCACGCUGGGAUUGCUACUGGAAUGACUAGCUAGGAAUUUUAAUAACUCGAAAUCCUGUGAUGUUUCUUGUUUGUUUUUGCUGUGUGUGGGGGUAGGGAGGGGGAGAGGUAGACAUAGAAUAAGAAAUUCCUCAGUUGAUGACUUCUUGAUGUUUUAAGAGAGGUGACUUUUAAAAAAGCAAAUUGCAAGCUUUUCCAACUCCAUUUCACCACCUAGCCCUUUUCCCAAUACCAAAGGGUUGUUUUUGUUUUUGUUUUUAAUUUAAGCACUAAUCUGUCUGAACUGAGUAUUUAGUAAACUUGAUUCUUAGCUUUAGGGUCCUUUUGAGCAGUAGCAUCCUGUUCUGAACCCGAGCACCUUCCCCAAAGAAUGUCUACCAAUAAUAAAUGUGCAGAAGUAAAGAAAAAAAGCUGGUGAGAAGUAGGCAAACAUAAGGUAGCUUUCCCCCCUCCUGAUGUUUGGGUAGAGACAAAGGGAACUGAGUUUUAUUUUUUAUUUUUCUUUUUUGGUAAGAAUCAAGUGUUUGGUGUAAACAGAAGCUGGAUAUGGUGAUGUUUUUGAGUGAGUGAAGUUGUAGGCUAGCGAUAAUGCUGUUGAAUUUGUUAGCACCUCCCAACUACUCUUGCCCCUAACCCUUCCUGCUUUAUAAAUAUAUGCAUAUAUAGAUAUAUAUGUAUGUAUAUACAUAUAAAGUCACUAGUCUACUGGCAUCCUGCUUUAGCCUAAGACAUGCCAUAAAACCGCUCAGUACUUGGCAAACGCUUUCUCCUGGUUUUGUUCUCCAUCUGUUUGGGGGUAGGUGUUGAGAGAGAGGCAAACAUAUCUUGAUAUUUCAGAUGGGUUUUUGAUGCACUAUUGCCAAGGAAGGCUUUUUCUGAUUUUUUGACAAAUGAAUUUUUUGCACACACUUUAAUUGGUGUCUUUCGGCAACCUAAAACAUUGAAAAUUCGCUACUGUACAUAUUUUUAUAUUCUCUUUAUAAAAUGCAUGUUUGAUUGUAUUUGUAACAAUAUUGUAAUGGCUGUCCAGUAGGCCUAGAGCUGAUAUGUUUAGUGUCAGAGGAGUAGCAUAUGAUCCCCUCAGCAUACUGGGAAUUUAUUCCUAAUCAAAAGAAUGUAAAUCUGGUCAAGCCUGUUCUUUUACUCAAUUAUCAUUUUGAAAAAUGGACUAUUGUGCACCCCCAAACUGCUUGCUCAUCCUUUGACAGCUAGAAUCCACUAAUUUGUCUUAAUCCAUCCCUUUAGCUAGCAAUUUUUAUCCCCUUGAAUUUGACUUUUAGGAGAGUAGGUGCUCUCUCCCAUAUGUAUCUGCAGUGGAAGGUAGUGAAAUAAUGUGGAGUGGUGUUUUCCCCUCCCCAAAUUCAAUAUUAUAACCAUUAAACACUUCUGUAGCAAAGCUCAUAGUAGUUCUUUUGUUACCAAAGUUGCCCUUCAUGAUGGCUUUUUGGAAAAGUUGUAAUUGAAAGUUUCUGUAAAAGAUCAAAAUGUGUAGAGGUUUAACCACCUCUUUGAUGGGGGACCAACUUAUGGAAAUAUUGUAAAUAAGUUUAUUUAUAAACCUGGCACUGUAUUCAAUAAACAUUUCUGCAGCCUUUCAUCUCUAA